GUACCAAUGGAUAUAUAAUGAAUAAAGUCAUUUUCAAACGUAGAGUCAUGGAUUUUAUAAUUAUCCAUUGUGUUGCUUCGCAUCUUGUUCUUCGUUACUUCUCGGCUGUUACAUCAAAUCUAAUUUCGACAUAAUAUGUACACAUUACCUGAGAUAGCUACCAGGAGUAACGGCAUCGAUGCCUGCCAGACUCUUGUAAAAAAGCUGGCAUCAGAUUGCGCCUCUAGGAGCAAUUUUGGCACUAUGUCCGUAUCUAUCUAUGACACAGCUUGGUUGUCUAUGGUCCAGAAGCCAGGCGAUGACGAGGAAUGGCUGUUUCCUGAGUGCUUUGAUUAUAUUCUCAGAAACCAGCUGGAAGAUGGCAGCUGGCCAAGCUAUGCCUCCGUAUUGGACGGCAUAUUGAAUACUGCGGCGGCAUUACUAGCUGUCCGAAAACACUUAUCCCGUAUCCAGAAGGCUCCUGGCCUUCAAGGAAUAUCAUCCAAAGCAGAAGGGGCGCUUGCGGAGUUAAUACGUGGGUGGGAUGUGUUCUCCUGCGAUCAAGUUGGUUACGAGGUUCUUGUUACGACUCACCUGAGUUUACUGGAGAAAGAAGGCGUCAUAUUACAAGUUCCACAAUUUGAGCAGCUGAAGACUCUGCGAGAGAUGAAAUUAUCUCGACUGCCAGCGUCAUUGGUAUACAAGGGACCAUCAGCUCUAUAUCACUCCCUAGAAGGAUUAAUUGGGCACAUUGACUUUGAUAAUAUUUCCCAGUGGCGGGAAUCGAACGGAUCUAUGAUGGGUUCUCCGUCCUCUACGGCUGCCUAUCUGAUGCAUGCAUCGAAAUGGGAUGAUUUAGCUGAGGCAUACCUCCGAGAUGCCCUAUUAAAUGGGAGUGGUCAGGGGCGUGGAAGCGUGCCAUCAGCAUGGCCCAGCUCGAUUUUCGAGGUCUCCUGGGCGAUAACGACACUUGCUGAGUCGAACAUCCCUAUCGGCGAAACAGAAGCUACAGCCAUAGGAAUGUUCCUGGAGACGUCUUUGCAAAUGCAGAAGGGCAUUGUUGGCUUUGCGCCUGGAUCACUCGCAGAUGCAGAUGACACGGCCAAAUCUGCAAUGGCUCUAUUCUAUCUUGGUCGAAAAGGAGAGCCUUACGUCGAAGCUCUUAUUGGCGCCUUUGAGACUGCCGAUCACUUCCAAACCUACCUGGCUGAACGUAACCCAAGUCUAAGCACUAACAUUAAUGUGCUUUCUUGUCUACUACUCAUAGAUGACCCCCUUCCUUAUGUACCGCAGAUUGCUAAAGCAGCCUCUUUCAUAUGUCAAACAAUCUUCGUUGGAGAUGUCAAGGAGAAAUGGCACCGACAUCAACUAUACUGGAUGAUGCUUCUAUCAAAGGCCGUGGUUCUUCUGUAUAAGCAGACGCAGAAAAAUGGGACUUUUUGUGAACACCUCCUGGUAACUGCACCUCAUCUCAAGGAGCAGAUUCCCACCAUCUCACUUCAGGUCGUGAUGACUGUCUUGAAAAUGCAGAAUAAUCAUGGAAAUUGGGAAGAGAGCUGUGAACUCACAUCUUACGCUAUCUUGACACUAUCUUCAUUUGCACAACUCCUCUUGGGAGGGGCGGGACUGCACGAACGGGUAUAUGAUAGUAUUAAUCAGGGAAAGGUAUUUCUCGCUGCGCACAGAGCCCAAUGGAAAGACGGUGCAUAUUUAUGGACUGAGAAAGUUACAUAUUCUUCAAGUAUUCUUUCGGAGGUCUACUGCCUUGCCGCGACAGUCAAUUGUGCGACAUCGCCCGCUACCAUUGCAAUACCAUCACCAUUCCAAGUCUCGGAGAGAGUACUACAAGACAUGAGCAAAGCAAGGGAUCUAAUCAGUCGCACGCCUCUCUUCAGCCAAGCCGAUGCUCAGCUUCUAUUUUCUGCACAGGUGCAGGCCUGUUAUAUUCUAUCGGACCUUCAAUGUCGCCGUCUGGACAUAUUUCCACGUACAGGGAUGAAAGAAGAUAAAUACCUGACAUUUAUUCCUCUCACCUGGACGGCAUGUAUGUCACUGCAAGAUGACUGUGUCAGUCUUGCGGUGCUUUUCGACAUGAUGGUCUUGUCGAUGCUGAAUUAUCAGGUAGACGAAUAUAUGGAGGAUAUGUUGGAGCACGAGUACCAACAUAAAGAGUGUUUCGCAUCAGCGCGAGAUACAGUAAAGCAAUUAUUUAUCGAGACCGCUCCUAGCAAAAAUGAGCAGGAUGAAACUCCUAGGAAUCGCAACAUUCCCCCAGGGACAUCGAAAUCAAACCUGCCAGACCGCAAUGACAAGGAUGAUACCAAAGUCAAUGGCCAUGAGAAUGGCAAUAGCCUUGACCUUAGCCACAUGAAAGUAGUGCUUAGUCGCUACAUCGCCCAUAUACUUCAGCACCCUUUGGUGGUAAAGAGCACUCGAGAUAUUCAGACCCGACUUGCUAGGGAACUAGAAACAUUCCUUCUUGCUCAUAUCGAUCAUGCAGAAGAUAAUUAUAAGUUUGCCCAUCAAUCGAAUAAGAGUUCACUGAGCUUUCCCGUCCCUAGUAACAAAACGUCGCAUAAGGCUCACAACGGGAAUCGCGACACCACAGGAGAUGCGGAAAGGGAAAAUAUAACCAAUGGGGCCCGUGGCUAUCUCAAGCAAUACGAGAAUCCAGGCCGGACAUUCUACAACUGGGUACAUACCACGUCCGCAGAUCAUACCUCGUGUCCCUUCUCUUUCGUCUUUUUCCAAUGCCUGCUAUCCGCUACCCACGGAGACGUUGCGGGCCGCAGGCCCAAGAUAGCGUACCUUGUCGAGGAUGUGUGCAGGCACCUCGCUAGCCUAUGCCGAAUGUACAACGACUACGGCUCUCUAGCCCGGGAUCUUGAUGAGUCGAAUUUGAACUCGCUCAACUUUCCCGAGUUCUCUGGAAAGGAUGGCGGCAUAACAGAACAAGAGGCCAAGGCCCAGCUUAUGAGCAUUGCGGAGCACGAGAGGCACUGUCUCAGUGUCGCGCUAGAUCAGUUGGAUAAUGAGCUUUCAUCAAGCAGUGGCAGAAACAAUGGUAAAUGGAUGAGCGCGAUUAGAUUUUUUGUCAAUGUCACGGAUCUGUAUGGGCAGAUAUACGUCGUGAAGGAUAUUGCUACGAGGAAGUAACUUACGUACCUUAGGUACCUAACCAAAGGCAAAGCUGCCAUUCUGGAUUGAGAAAGGGAGUUACACAUUGACUAGGCCGUCAGAAAAGCAGCUAUAGUGUACGCAAUGAGUGAGCCGGCUAGAUAUGGAUUAUGUAUUUAAUACUUUUUAUCUUCCAUCUCUUUAUCAGUAUGCAUAGAUUCAGAUACUAGUGACGUAUAGCUGCUUAUGACUCGGGUUUAUUGACAAUAACAGCAACUGAGUAGGAUAAAUUUCAGACGAUGCAUACGGCUUCGUAUUCUUAAC